AUGCAGUUCAAGACCCUCUUCACAGCCUCUCUCCUCAGCGGUAUCGCCGCCGCCGCUCCCAAGGCCACCUGCACCAGCGAGGCCAAGGCCCAGGCCACCGGCUCCGAUGCCCCCAAGGCCUUUGGUCUUGUCGCCCUCCGCUCCGCCAGCCCAAUUCACUUCUCCGCCUUCAGCGCUUCUGAGAGCGGUUUCUCCCUGAAGCUUCCCAAGGACAAGCAGGGCGCCAAGUGCGACGGCAAGGAUGAGGGUACCGCUACUUUCACCAUCAAGGACGGUGAGCUGUUCUUGUACAGCACUGGAAAGGAGCAGCAGAUUGCUUACACUGACCGAUCCGGCAUGGGACAAGGUGUUCUUCAGUACACUUCCGGAAAGUCCUACCCUCGCAACGCCGAGACAAAGGGCUGGAAGAUUGAUGACGCUGGCAACCUGGUCUUCGGCCAGAACAACGCUUCUUUCGUCGCCUGCGACAACGGCGUCGACGGAUCUUGGAGCGUCUGGGUUUCCUCCGGUAUUGAGAAGCCUGGUAACACCGACGCUGAGUGCCUUGGCUUCAACGCUCGCGUUGCUGAGAUUGAGAAGCCCGUCAGCUGCAAGUACUCCCAGUACUCUGCUUAA